AUGUCUAGCCAAGAUAACAUCGACGACUUCAUGAACAACUUUGGGGGCGACGACGGGCCAUCUAGCAAGAAGAAGCGCAUCCCGCCUCCAGAGCCCACUUGCAGCAAGAUCCAGUGCGUGGGCCGCAGUUGCCCUCUCACUACUCACUCCAGCAGCGUCUUCUUCCCCAAUGAGUAUAUGGAGUGGGGGUAUUACAAGCCGACUCUGAACCAAUGGGCGGCGUCCGGGUUCGAAGAGCCAGGGCCCAUUCCCAUCGGCGAUUGGUGCAAGAUUUGCUACACGACCGUCGAGAGAAACUUCAAGGCACCAGGGUACGGCAAGGCGGGAUGCAAGCGCAAGUUUGAGGAGAAGCCCAAGGGCUGGGUCUACACUGAGGACAACGAGAUUCGGCGCCUCAAGGAUGUCGAUCUCCUCGACCAGGGGGCUGGCCAGGCCACCCAUGCCGAGAUGUCCGCAUCGUUUGCCGAGUUCGAGAGGUUCGAGGACUUCGUCGGCGUCGAGAAGAACACGGCCCCAGCGAAGAAGGGCGAGGUCAUGGGCAGUCAGCCGGAGAAUCGGUCGCACUCGGCCGCAGUAUGGCCGAUCCCUGAAGGUUCCGACGGCUUCGCCAAGUGCGCGCUGCUGCAGAGUUCCACCAAGCAUGAUAAGGACUUAAACGCCACUGAGGUCGAGCGUAGAAAGCGUUUCCACGCUCAUUUCUCGGACUUGCUGAAAAUGUUCCACGCCUUGAUGCUUCGCGAUAUCGGCAAGGACCAGACCCUCAAAUCCAGCUGCACGAAGUUGAAGCAAAGUUUAGACCAAGUGUCCAAGAAGGAGAAUUGGAUAACUCUCCCGGAGGCGGAGGCAGCGUGGUGCUUGAUCAACGCGGUGGGAUCAGUGAAAGAGUUCCGUAAGGAGUUGGAGGCCAAAUCAGCCAACGCAGACAGUCUGUUUUCCAAACUGGCGCCUAUGUGGGAGAGCUGCCAUGCUUUCCACGAGCGCCGGGAUGCCCUUCCUGGAUACAACGAUGGUUUUUCGUCAUGGAUGCCUUCGACAGAGACGAUGGCGUACUUCCCCAUGCCUGAUUGGAUCUCAAAGUAUCUCGGUAUCCUCGCGACCCAAUUCGCCAUCUCAAGCAACGUCACCAAGUUGAUCAGCCUGCUGUUCCCAGGGAACAACCGCCCCCGCAAUGAAACCCUUGGCACCGUUGCGGACAUGGACGAGGUGGUCGCAACGAUCAGUCGUUCUCGCAAAACUGAUUCGAUGUCUUCUUCAGCCGAGCAGCAGAGAUUGGUGAUCAUGACUAUCGGGAGGCUUUCAAACGUUCGGGACUCCGACCCGGCCGCUGGCGACAUCAACACUUUGGGCGCGAGUUUCCAGGCCAUGACUCGCAACUUGAGCAGCGCUGCCGUCGCCAACCGUUAUUGCUUUGGGAAUACCGACACUGCCGAGGGGAUGGACGCCAUGCUUGCCAUUUUGUUCCCAUGUCAGGUGGAGGCGGAGCGUUUGCAGAGCGCGGUCCUCCCGGUUGUCAACCUUGGCGUCUUCACCAAGGCGGUGACAAGUUUUCCCAGGGGCAAGUUCUUGAUUGCCAAGGCCGUUGCGAUUGCCGAGGCAGCGAAGGAGCAGACCCUGGGAAAAGAGGCGGGCGGCGAGAGGGCGGUGUCGUCAUUGAAAUCUUUCUUCGCGAGUUCGGAGGGUGGCGAGGCUGCCUCGGCUGGAAACUCUCUGCCGACCGCCAUCGCCAUCGCUGAUUUGGGGGACAAGGGUUUCAUCGAGUCAUCGACCGGGGACUUCCUCGCGCAGAUCCGCAAAGUGCAGGAGUGGCUGUUCAACUUGCCUGCCGAUGAGACCGAGUGCCUGGAGAAGGGCAAGAUGUGGUUGCAGCGCCAGGAUGCGACUCUGCAGCCUUUCAUCCAGGCUGUGUGCAAGGCAAUGUCUGAUUAUAUGGCAUCGGGCGUUGCGGCUGAGCAGAUCAAUCAGCAGGAGUUCACCGCCGUCUUCGACUACAUGCAGUCUUCGUUUGGGGCGCCCAGCGACGCUACAUCAGCAACCCACAAGCUAUUGCCCGCCCUCAAGGGGGCAGUCGCUUCAGCCCAGUUUGCUUACAGCUUGGUGGAGGGCGAGCUUGCCAUGGAGGACAGUUCAACCUUCGCCGAGAAUGUCAAGAAGUUGGGAGAAGCCUUCAAGAAAGACGCGGCCCAUGACAUCACCAAGUUCUUCCCGGAAGAGUUCUCGAACGGAGCCGUCGCGCGAUGCAAGGAUUCCGCGGCGAAGUUGGUCGAGGCCGUGCUUGACGAUUGCGGCAAGAUGAGAGCCUUUCAAGGCAGUGGUGGGUCAACCUUGCAGGUCAUCGACUUCUCCGCCAAGGAUUUCGAGGAUGUGAUUACGACGCUUUCACAUAUGAUCGACCACGUCAAGGCUGUAUCCAUCCUCGUCGACGCGGCUCAGGCCCUGAGCACGCUGAACUCUCGCAAGGAGGCCAUCGAGAAAGCUCACGAAGCCUUCCUUUUCAAAGCAGCCGACAAAAUCAUCAGCGACGCGAUGGCCGAGGCCGACAGGCUCAUGGAGCCGAUCGACCAGGCAGUGGCUCUUCCUGAUUGGGCGGCUUUCUCAGAGAAGAUGAGCGCGCGGUCCGCAGUGGAUAACGCUGGCAUCGUUUCCAUGUACAACCACUUGCUGAAGCACAUUAAGAUGCCAGGGUCCAAGGCGAUGCUCGAGGUGGCAGGGGUGAAGGUUGCGGCCGUGCUCGUUGCCAUCUGCGUGGUGAGCGCCCACGUCAACAUGUCCGAUGCCAAGAUGUCCGCCGACGACUCGAACCCUUCAGCCGUCGUGGACGACUUCAUUAAGAAAGUCAAGAUCAAGAAACUACCGUUGCACAGCCUCCCCAAGAUAGUCAAGGACAGGUGCGUGGAGUUGAAGCCGUCGUCGGUGGAGCUGUUCCGCGCCCCGGAGGUCGACGCCGCCUGA